AUGGUGUACCCUAAAAUAGCAAAACUUCUCUUGCUUCUGCUGGCUCUGUCGUUUGGGCCAGCUCAGGCUUCACCUACCGCAAAAAAAGGCCUUUCCUACCGUCAUACCGUGCCUCGACGAACGAUUGCUGGUGUCAAAGUUGUCGACACUCCAAUCGUGCGCGAUGCCCAUGACUACGCCCUCAAACACAGCAGUGACUUUACCUACAAGCAUAUCAUGCGGAGUUGGCUAUUUGGUGCCAUUGUCAUCGAACACAACGAGACCCUUCGCAACACCGUCGACUUGGAGGUGCAUGCUGUGGCUGCUCUUCUUCACGACUUGGGUUGGGACCAAACUCCCGGCUCGCCACUUGUGAGCCAUGAUAAGAGAUUCGAGGUGGAUGGUGCAAUUGCCGCCAGGGAAUUUAUCCAGAAUAACAAACAUGGUAAAAAGUGGGAUGAGCAAAGAGUACAGCUUGUUUGGGACGCCAUUGCUCUUCAUACCCAACCUACUAUCUUCAACUACAAAGAAAUCGAGGUUGUGACUACAGGCAACGGAAUUUUGUCCGAUUUCCAGGGCCCCUUUCUCGGCAUCACCACGGAAGAGUAUUCUGCCGUGCUCUCAGAGUUUCCCAGUAACGGCAUGAGGGAUGGUCUGAACAAUACUAUCAUUUGGCUUUACACGUGGAUGCAGCCUUGGGGAGACAAUUAUGUCUCAAGCUACCAGUCUAAGGGAAACAGGCUUUUUGAUGACUUAUUCCUGAAUCUUCCUUAA